CUGGAUUUGUGUCACUCAUCACAGGUGAUUGGGAUGUAAUGCGCUCAUGGCGUCAGCUUCAUACAUCCUCAUCAUUACUGCUCUUGUCGUCGGCCUGUGUUCUGCCAAUGGUCCUGAUGCUGCUCAGACCACCGAUGUCCCAAAAACCACCAAUCCAGAAAAAAACACACCUCUAGAAAGUACGGUAACACCUGAGUAUGGUGAGACAACUGGCCUUCCUGAAGCGACCGAUGAUAUUAACACAGGAACACCUGAAACCUCUGAUCCAGCUGAGACCACUGAUGUCCCAGAAACCACCAAUCCAGAAAGUACGGUGACACAUGAGGUUGGUGAGACAACUGGACUCACUGAAGCAACCAAUGAUAUUAACACAGGAACCCCAGAGACCUCUGAUCCUGCUGAGACCACUGAUGUCCCAGAAAUCACCAAUCCAGAAAGUACGGUAACAUCUGAGGUUGGUGAGACAACUGGACACCCUGAAGCGACAGCUGAUAUUAACACAGGAACACCUGAAACCUCUGAUCCAGCUGAGACCACUGAUGUCCCAGAAACACCCGAGGUUGGUCAGACAACUGGACUCCCUGAAACAACUGUUGAUAUUGACACAGGAACUCCAGAGACCUCUGCUCCUGCUGAGACCACUGAUGUCCCAGAAACCACCAAUCCAGAAAGUACGGUGACACCUGAGGUUGGUGAGACAACUGGACUCCCUGAAGUAACCAAUGAUAUUAACACAGGAACACCUGAGACCUCUGAUCCUCCUGAGACCACUGAUGUCCCAGAAACCACCAAUCCAGAAAGUACGGUGACACCUGAGGUCGGUGGGACAACUGGACACCCUGAAGCGACAGCUGAUAUUAACACAGGAACCCCAGAGACCUCUGAUCCUGCUGAAACCACAGAUGUCCCAGAAACCACCAAUCCAGAAAGUACGGUGACACCUGAGGUUGGUGAGACAACUGGACUCCCUGAAGCAACCAAUGAUAUUAACACAGGAACACCUGAGACCUCUGAUCCUGCUGAGACCACCAAUGUCCCAGAAACAACUAAUCCAGAAAGUACGGUGACACCUGAGGUUGGUGAGACAACUGGACUCCCUGAAACAACUGUUGACCUUAACACAGGAACACCAGAGACCUCUGAUCCUGCUGAGACCACCAAUGUCCCAGAAACAACUAAUCCAGAAAGUACGGUGACACCUGAGGUUGGUGAGACAACUGGACUCCCUGAAACGACUGUUGAUAUUAACACAGGAACACCAGAGACAUCUGAACCUGCUGAGACCACAGAUGUCCCAGAAACCACCAAUCCAGAAAGUACAGUAACACCUGAGGUUGGUGAGACAACAGGACUUCCUGAAACAACUGUUGAUAUUAACACAGGAACACCAGAGACCUCUCAACCUGCUGAGACCACCAAUGUCCCCGAAACCACCAAUCCAGAAAGUACAGUAACACCUGAGGUCGGUGAGACAACAGAACACCCUGAAACGACUCUUGAUAUUAACACAGGAACACCAGAGACAUCUGAACCUGGUGAGACCACCAAUGUCCCAGAAACCACCAAUCCAGAAAGUACAAUAACACCUGAGGUUGGUGAGACAACUGGACACCCUGAAACAACUGUUGACAUUAACACAGGAACACCGGAAACCUCUGAACCUGCUGAGACCACCAAUGUCCCAGAAACAACUAAUCCAGAAAGUACAAUAACACCUGAGGUUGGUGAGACAACUGGACACCCUGAAACAACUGUUGACCUUAACACAGGAACACCAGAGACAUCUCAACCUGCUGAGACCACCAAUGUCCCAGAAACCACCAAUCCAGAAAGUACACUAACACCUGAGGUCGGUGAGACAACAGGACUCCCUGAAACAACUGUUGAUAUUAACACAGGAACACCGGAAACCUCUGAACCUGCUGAGACCACUAUUGUCCCAGAAACAACUAAUGCAGAAAGUACAGUCACACCUGAGGUCGGUGAGACAACAGGACUUCCUGAAACGACUGUUGAUAUUAACACAGGAACACCAGAGACAUCUGAACCUGCUGAGACCACUAUUGUCCCAGAAACAACUAAUCCAGAAAGUACAGUAACACCUGAGAUUGGUGAGACAACUGGACUCCCUGAAACAACUGUUGAUAUUAACACAGGAACACCGGAAACCUCUGAACCUGCUGGGACCACCAUUGUCCCAGAAACAACUAAUCCAGAAAGUACAGUCACACCUGAGGUCGGUGAGACAACAGAACACCCUGAAACGACUGUUGAUAUUAACACAGGAACACCAGAGACAUCUGAACCUGCUGAGACCACCAAUAUCCCCGAAACCACCAAUCCAGAAAGUACAGUAACACCUGAGGUCGGUGAGACAACAGGACUUCCUGAAACGACUGUUGACCUUAACACAGGAACACCGGAAACCUCUGAACCUGCUGAGACCACCAAUGUCCCAGAAACAACUAAUCCAGAAAAUACAGUAACACCUGAGGUCGGUGAGACAACAGGACUUCCUGAAACGACUGUUGACAUUAACACAGGAACACCAGAGACAUCUGAACCUGCUGAGACCACCAAUGUCCCAGAAACAACUAAUCCAGAAAGUACAGUAACACCUGAGGUUGGUGAAACAACUGGACACCCUGAAACAACUGUUGACAUUAACACAGGAACACCAGAGACAUCUGAACCUGCUGAGACCACCAAUGUCCCUGAAACCACCAAUCCAGAAAGUACAAUAACACCUGAGGUUGGUGAGACAACUGGACACCCUGAAACAACUGUUGAUAUUAACACAGGAACACCGGAAACCUCUGAACCUGCUGGGACCACCAAUGUCCCAGAAACAACCAAUCCAGAAAGUACAGUAACACCUGACGUUGGUGAGACAACUGGACACCCUGAAACAACUGUUGACAUUAACACAGGAACACCAGAGACCUCUCAACCUGGUGAGACCACCAUUGUCCCAGAAACAACUAAUCCAGAAAGUACAGUAACACCUGAGGUCGGUGAGACAACAGGACUUCCUGAAACGACUGUUGAUAUUAACACAGGAACACCAGAGACCUCUGAACCUGCUGAGACCACCAAUGUCCCCGAAACCACCAAUCCAGAAAGUACAGUAACAUCUGAGGUCGGUGAGACAACUGGACACCCUGAAACCACUGUUGAUAUUAACACAGGAACACCGGAAACCUCUGAACCUGCUGGGACCACCAAUGUCCCAGAAACAACCAAUCCAGAAAGUACAGUAACACCUGACGUUGGUGAGACAACUGGACACCCUGAAACGACUGUUGAUAUUAACACAGGAACACCAGAGACAUCUGAACCUGCUGAGACCACCAAUGUCCCUGAAACCACCAAUCCAGAAAGUACAAUAACACCUGAGGUUGGUGAGACAACUGGACACCCUGAAACAACUGUUGAUACUAACACAGGAACACCGGAAACCUCUGAACCUGCUGGGACCACCAUUGUCCCAGAAACAACUAAUCCAGAAAGUACAGUAACACCUGAGGUCGGUGAGACAACUGGACACCCUGAAACCACUGUUGAUAUUAACACAGGAACACCGGAAACCUCUGAACCUGCUGGGACCACCAAUGUCCCAGAAACAACCAAUCCAGAAAGUACAGUAACACCUGACGUUGGUGAGACAACUGGACACCCUGAAACGACUGUUGAUAUUAACACAGGAACACCAGAGACAUCUGAACCUGCUGAGACCACCAAUGUCCCUGAAACCACCAAUCCAGAAAGUACAAUAACACCUGAGGUUGGUGAGACAACUGGACACCCUGAAACAACUGUUGAUACUAACACAGGAACACCGGAAACCUCUGAACCUGCUGGGACCACCAAUGUCCCAGAAACAACUAAUCCAGAAAGUACAGUAACACCUGACGUUGGUGAGACAACUGGACACCCUGAAACGACUGUUGAUAUUAACACAGGAACACCGGAAACCUCUGAACCUGCUGGGACCACCAAUGUCCCAGAAACCACCAAUCCAGAAAGUACAGUCACAUCCAAACCCGCGGAUAGCACAUCAUUAUCUACCCAACCUCCUUUGUCAACGUCCUCUGUGGAACCCUCCACCGGUCCCACAAUGUCACAAUCCACCGUAGAACCAACAGCAACCAUAGAACCUUUCCCUUGUCAGAACGGUGGAACGUUCACAGGAAGCGUCUGCAUAUGCCUCAAUGGGUUUGCUGGAACGUACUGCGAGACGGUUGUAACUCUUGAACCAGAGCAACUUGACAGGGCAAUUGAGGUUGAAAUGGUGAUCAACGAGGAGUACAACGACAACUAUGACAACGUAAACUCAAAUGAUUACAAAGACUUUGUCAGGAACUUUACCCAGAAGAUGGAAGACUUUUACCGAGGAAAUAAGAUCAACUUUCAAAAAGUUGUGGUAACAAAUGUGAGCCAAAUAUCCGCCAGGAGUUUGGCAAGACGCUCGGUCUCCAGUGUAGCAAAGAUGAGAUUACCAGCUAACAGCCCAGCCAUCCACACACCAAGAGCAAAAAGAAUCAACGUCGUACACAAUGUCGUGGUUCAGAUCCCAAACAACGCUAAUACCGAUGCUGCAUACAACAGUAGUGUGGAACGUGUUACCUUGGCUGCAAAUGGACUUGUUACCUGCGAACAAAAUUGUCCUUACAACGUUACAGAGUCGCCCGCGGUGGUUGCAACAAAUGCGGAUUUGGACAUGUUAUGCAGCUCCUACGUAAACGAUUUUGAUCUCGCGAUACUCUACAAGGGCGUGAAGUUCAACAACACGGUCUUGUGUCUCACCCGAUGUGAUACUCGACGUAAGGAUCAUAAAAUCUGCUACAGCGGAGGAAGGUGUAAAGUUUUCAGGAAUGUUGGGAGUGUUUGCGAGUGUCCUAAUUUGAGUUCCACUUGGUAUUUGGACAUUGACUGCCGUUUGCCAAUCCAACGGACGGCCUUUUACGCCGGUUUGACGGUCACUCUGGCGUGUCUUCUGGUGUCUGUGGCGGGGUUGACUGCGUACCUGGUCAUCAACAAGCAAAGGCAAACCAAGAAAAAAGACAUUAAACAGAAGCAGGUGAACAAGUGGUUCAACGACGAUUACGAGUGGUCCCGAUCCGACAAACUCUCCACGGGCACCUACAACGCAGGACACAUCAACCCGUCGUUCCAGUAUGAAGCCCGAGAUGUCACCAGAGACCCCUCGAGGGAUUACAGACACUCCGGACCGCCUCAGCCCCCGACUCGACAGCAUGCCGACCACAGAGAGUCCGGCCCAGCUAUGAGAAUGCACAGGCUGGAUGGAGCGUCCCUCCAACCCGACACCGAAUUUUAUGACGAUGUAUACCCCCAUUCAGUCGGCAAUGGCCUUCCUGGCAGAGACCCCCCAUCUAGUCAACCGAUGAGGAUCCUCAGGCCUCAGAUCAGGUCAUCUUGGGACGCCUGAUAAUGGAGACGUUCUUCUAAUUUAAAUUGCAUCGCAAGCAAGCACUUUAUCGCCUUCAGCCAGCGAUGAUCAAUACUCGGCUUCUUCUUUGGCAGGAAGCUAAUUAUUAACUAAUAUAAUUUAUUAUGCUCAUUGUUAUAUCUGUUAUGUCUUUUAUGUGCUAAUAUUUUAUUUUAAAUGCUUUUUUAAGCUUCAUAGUAGGAGCGGGCAAUACUGUUAAUUUUGGUAUCAAUCCAAUACUGAGUAAAUGUAAGACCAGUAGUAGCGAUACUGAUACUGAUACCAAUGCUUUUUAUUUGAAAAAAAAAAAAACAACAUUUGUUGAAGGAUUUUGUGAUUUUUUCUUUAAUUUGC